AAGUUAGAAACCGUAGAGGGAGGAGGUUUUUUUUCUCUGAUCCUUCCCGACGGCGGGAACUUAACUCAGGCAGGGAGCUUAUCCCGGAUUCCUCUGCUUCCCUUUCUACUUUUGGCUUCGGUUUAAUCCUUUUGGGUGGCCGUCAGCGGAGCGCGAUGGUUCGGGGGCAGGAGCGAGUGGUGGCUUUGGCGGAUAUGGACUGUUUCUAUAUACAGGUGGAGCGACGGCUGGAUCCCCGUCUGCAUGGAAAGCCGUGUGUCGUGGUGCAAUAUAAGACGUGGAAAGGUGGCGGGAUAAUUGCUGUGAGCUAUGAAGCACGUGCUUUUGGAGUUAAAAGAAACAUGUGGGCUGCUGAUGCCAAGAAGUUAUGCCCAGAUCUUGAGUUGGCUAGAGUGCCAGAGGCCCGUGGCAAAGCAGAUCUCACCAGAUAUAGAGAAGCCAGCAUAGAGGUGAUGGAAGUGAUGUCACGUUUUGCUGUGAUUGAACGUGCCAGUAUCGAUGAAGCUUAUCUGGACUUAACACAAGCUAUACAGGAAAGGCUGAAAAAGAUGGAGGGUCAACCUAUUUCAGCAGAGCAAUUGGGAACUACGUAUAUUCAAGGAUUCCCAAAUAGCCUUGAAGAAGAAGAAAAUACGGACAACAAAGAGGAGAUAAGGCAACGUGGUGUGUGCCAGUGGCUCAAGUCAUUGCCUUUUGUAGAUCCCAGCAAUCCAGAAUUGCAGCUGACAGUAGGGGCAGCGAUCAUGGAAGAAAUGAGGGCUGCAGUGGAGUCUGCCACUGGAUUUCAAUGUUCUGUUGGAAUUUCUCACAAUAAGGUAUUAGCAAAACUGGCCUGUGGCCUCAACAAACCAAAUCGACAGACUCUGGUAUCCCAGGGGGCUGUUCCUCAGCUCUUUAGCAAGAUGCCAAUCGGCAACAUUCGCAACCUUGGAGGGAAACUAGGUGCUUCUAUUACUGAAUGUCUUGGAGUGCAAUAUAUGGGAGAGCUGAUCCAGUUCAGUGAAUCACAGCUUCAGACACAUUUCGGAGAGAAGACUGGAUCCUGGUUAUAUGAAUUGUGCAGAGGAAUUGACUCUGAGCCUGUGAAAGCUAGACAAUUGCCAAAAUCCAUUGGUUGCAGUAAGAAUUUCCCUGGAAGAACAGCAUUGGUUACCCAGAAGCAGGUGCAGUAUUGGCUCUUGCAAUUGGCCUUGGAGCUGGAAGAAAGAUUGAAUAAGGAUAGAGACCAGAACAACCGGGUAGCUAAACAAUUGAGUGUUGGGAUCCAUAUGCAGGGUGGUAAACAUACCAAUAUAACACGCUGCUGUGCCUUGUCCCAGUAUGAAGCUCAAAAAAUUAGCAGAGAUGCCUUUGCACUAAUCCAGAACUGUAACACAGCAGCAGGCCAGCAAGCAACAUGGUCUCCUCCUGUUACACUUCUUCAGCUCUGUGUGAGCAAAUUUACUGAGGCUUGUACAGUAUCGUCUGUGGAUAUUACUUCCUUCCUAACUAAUAAUAGCCAAUGUACUCAACACACCUCCACCAUUACAGAAAGCAUGAAUGCAAAGUUCCUUGAAAGUCCCAAAAAGGAGACCAGCAAGAAGGCAGUUAAUGCUAUUGAAAUGCUCUUUCAAAGGGCAGCAAAAAGAAAACAAGCCCAGGCUAUUGCUGAGCAUUUUGUUCCUGGUGUAAAUGAUAUCAUAGUACCACCAGCUACUCAGAUCAAGGAUUCUCAAAAUAGCAGCCAAGUUUCAGAAGGCUUAACGGAAACAAGCAACCCAAACGUGAUGCAGAAACAGCAGUUGAUGGAGCAACCUUUGCAAGACACCACUUUGACUGGUGAAGGUUAUGCAUCAUCUUCAGAAAUGAAAAUCCUUCCUGGUUCAUUUAAAGAAGAAAACGUGCAGACGGCUCCUGGACUUUUGCAGGAGGGAGCUGUGAGUUUGGCUGAUCCCUCCUCAAUGAAUGAUUGCUUGUUAUGUGAGAAAUGUAACCAAAGAGUGGCAGUGUGGGAGUUCAGUGAACACUUAGAUUACCACUUUGCUGUAGAACUGCAGAAUUCUUUCUCGGGGUCUAACUCCUUCAGAUCUGUUGAAUCUCUUGCCAGUCCAAUGAAGGAGAAAAAUAAAUCAAGGGAACAGAGAACCACUAGUGCCAAACGACCAAAGCAAGAUGGAAUGAGAACUUUAGAUUUCUUUUUUAAACCAUUGCCACCAUAGUUGCUCACUUGAGUAACUGGUGACUUAGAAAAUGUACUUUCCCUGAUUAACUAAUCCUAAUAAAUUAUUCCUUAAAACGUAAUCUUUCUGGGAGCUAAUGAAUGGGGAUAAAAAUCUGUAACAAAAGGUAUGCUGUCUGCAGGGCCUUCUGUUACUUUAUUGACAAGAUGACAAUGGACAACGUGACGAUGAGAUUACGUUCUGCUAAUAGUUCUGUAGUUGUCCCAUGGCUAGUUUUAAAAUGGAGCUCUGCAAGUAAGAAUUCAUCUAUUAUCUAUCAUGUAGAAGAUUUGCUUAUUUCAAAAGUCUUGCAUUCAUGUAGAGGUUCUAAGAGCCAGAUUACAGUCAAGAUUACAAUGAG